AUGGAUUAUGAGGAGGUAUGUUUGAAUUCGCUAUGUGGACCUGAUUACCAACAAUUCUUGGAAAAUUCAUUUUCAAAGGAAGCUCCCAAAAUUGCAAUCCUUGGUGGAAGUGCCAGGAAGGAGAUGGAUUGUAAGCCAGGUGAACCGGAAACUGAGCCCAAUGCUCCCACACAAACUGAUGUGGUGGUGAAUGUGAAUUGUGCCACAGAGGAUUCCUCGACACCCCACGCCAAAUUAAGAAUCACCUUUCCAAAAAUUUCGAAGGGAGCAACUGGAGACAAGAGGUCAAAUAAGGCCAAUUUUCGAGUGAUAAAUGAAAAAUGCCCAAAGGAUGCAUCUGGGAAAGAAACUAAUGAUCUUCAAAAGACGAACAGUCAAUUAGAAACACAAGAUGCAAAGACUGAGUCAAAAAUCGAGGUAAGAUCAAUGCCAAAAGAGGAGGUAAAAGUACAUUUGCUUUCGAGGAUUCUCCCAUUUGUUCCAAGAACCCGAAUCUUCAAGAAGGACCCAGAUGUUCCGAGUUCCAAGAGAAUGAAUAAUUACGACGUUGAAUCCGACAUUGAGAGCAUUGAUCACUCGAAGGCUAAUACGACAUCUACGUCUUCAGCUAAUGAGAAGAUUGUUUUCAAAUCAACCAAUGAAAUGAAUGAGGAACUUUCAUUGGGGCUUGACAAACCUCAUAACGAAAGUUCUGAGAGAACGGAGGGUAUUGCAAUGAAAGAAUCGGGGUUAGUGGGAAAGGAAAUUGAUGACCUGCCUGAGGCAAGUGAUGUAAUUCAACGCACCGAGGCGAAAUGCAGCUCUACCUUCCCUCAAGCUUCUGAUGACAAAAUACCAUUUCAAGUCGCAUCUGCAGUCAUGCUGGCCGACUUCAUCAACCACUUGAAUGAUAUGCGGAUUAGCAUGAAUUCCGUGUUCUCCAAUUUGACCAAUAUAAGCAUCGAAAGUAUCAAAUAUAGUGGCAGUCAAGGUGCUGAAAGUAGAGAACAAUCAUCCGCAGAUAUGAAUGAUCCGUAUGAAGAUGUUCAGUCUCUGGAUGCCGAUGUUUCCCAACCAGAUUGUGCCAGAAAACAUGACCGUCCCCUGAGUUUGGCAAGAUCAGUUAAUCUGAAGAAACCCAAUUUUAGUUUUCCAUCUUUACGUAUAGACAGGAAGCAAAUUAUCACAAAAUUGUCGACGCCUUUGCAGAAACCGGCUGGGAAGAAAGGAGAUCGGAAUGCUUUGAUUUCUAGAGGAGUUCCACCGACUCCAACUACGACUUCUUUUCCAAAUAGACCCAAUCAACUCAAAAAGUCCUUCCGUCUCUUAAUCCACGAGAAAACGGAAUCAGAUUCGAACGAGUAUGAAUAUGACGAUUUCGCCGACAUCCGAAAAGAGGACCAUGAUUACGACAUAUGUGAGGAUUUUGUUGGUGAGUCCACUUCUACGCACAAGUUGGCUGGCGAAAAUCUCUACUACAAUGAAGAUGUGAUUGAAAGGGCUGAUUCAGUGGUCAUUGAAGAGCCGCCACCACUUCCUCCGAAAACAAGUCAACUUAACCCCUCUGAUAGACGCAGUAAGCACAGAUGUGAGGUUCAACAUUGCCAGAAACGUCGCAACAGACAGGGAGAUAUCGAGCUCCCAAGACGGUCAAUAUCGGGGGAAAAAGGAGUCACGAAAGGACUCAUGAAUUUUUCCAAGAAGUUUGCUUUGAAGACGCCAUUUUCAAGCUCAAGAAGGGACGGAGAAGGGAGAGGCCCCCAGCCUACAACGCACCUGAAAGUGAAGCAAGGAAGUAAGGAAGCAAGGCGUGUGGUAAUUGAUAACGCCGAUGUGUAUGAAGAGGAAAUACCGAUUACUCGACUGACUGAUUUCCAGGAUUCUAAUGAGGGUGAAUACGAGUUGUAUGGCGAUUUACCUACAACUCAGCACACUGAAAAUAAAUAUUUAGAACUGGUGAGUGUGAAGGGUAGACCCCUAGAAAAUGUUGUUCAGCGAAGGAUUCUCCCUGAACUUCCACGGCCAAAUAUUGAGUCAACCAUUGAAUGCAAAAGAAAUGUUCGAUGCUCUUUUACUAAGACACCGAAACCAAAGAUUGCAAAUGACCAACGAGAUUCGUCAACUAAUUUUCGAGGAAGUUAUCAGUUUGAUGAGAGCCAAGAUAAUCCACUUCCAAAGGCACUGGAGUUAUCGUUAAAUCUGAAAUCCCCAUCGAGUGAGAAAACUAAUGAGGUUGGGGAGAAAAUGAUAUCAAAGAAGAUUCCACCAGUAAUUCCAGCUCGACCAGAAAGCAUUCCAAGUCACAUUAUUUCUAGACUGUCUACUCCAUUGCCAACAGGAACACAAAAUCACUCAACUAUUUCUUCCUCAGUCGGUGACGAAGAAGGGCCCUCAGAUGAACAGAUGGUGGACCAGAUAACAGGAAAUAGCAAUGAUCGAUCUGUUGGCAUUGAAGUAGAAUCCAAGGAGAAGAGUGGAACUUCAGUUCAAAGUGAUGACGAUCCCUCAGCAUUCGUAUGUGAUAAUGAUGUCUACAUGUACAUGGCUGACUGCUAUUCACAAGAUGUUAAUUGUAUUGUUUGA